AUCAUCCGCCGCACGUCGCGCAGAGACGCGCCUUUGGCUGUCACCCAGCUCACACCCGAGUGGCAGACGCGGUCGCUGGUGUGCGUGUUGUGUGUUUGGUUCUGUGUGUUACGUCGCUCAACCAAACAACAGGCAGUUCCCUUUGUUUUUGGCGCCACUUUUCCCUGUGCACGUGUGUUAUUGUGUGUGCGUGUGUGUGCCGGUCUUUCGAGCAGAGAAAAAAGCACAAACAAGGGCUACAAAAGGGACCUCCGCGGGAUACACCAGGUGACAAGCGGGACAGCCUCAACAUGGUGGACGCGUGCGAAACGAUGCCCAAAGCGGACACAAUCAAACUGCGAAACAAACACAUCGGCAAAUCCUGCCAGCUGUUCUAUCGCUCCGAUCCGCUGAAGAUAGUGCGCGGUCAGGGCCAGUACAUGUACGACGAGCAGGGUGCACGGUACCUCGACUGCAUCAACAACGUCGCGCACGUUGGACACUGCCAUCCGAAGGUGGUGGAGGCCGGGACGCGCCAGCUGGCCACCCUGUCGACCAACAACCGCUUCCUGCACGACGAGCUCGUCCAGUGCGCCCAGACGCUCGCGGAAAAGAUGCCCGGCAACCUGUCCGUCUGCUACUUCGUCAACUCCGGCUCGGAGGCGAACGAUCUGGCGCUGCGGCUCGCCCGCCAGCACACCGGCCGGCACGAGGUGAUCACGCUCGACCAUGCCUACCACGGUCACGUCUCGGCCGUGAUGGACAUCUCGCCGUACAAAUUCAACCAACCGGGCGGCGACCCGAAGCCCGACUUUGUGCACGUGGCACCGUGCCCGGACGUGUACCGGGGCAAGUACCGCGACUGUGACUAUCCGGACGGUACCGACCUGGGCCAGCUGUACGCGGACGAGGUGCAGCGGCUGCUGGACCGCAGCCCGGCCGGGGUGGCCGCCUUCAUUGCGGAGAGUUUGCAGAGCUGCGGCGGGCAGAUCAUACCGCCGGCCGGCUACUUCCAGAAGGUGUACGACGCGGUACGCAAGGCCGGUGGCGUAACGAUCGCGGACGAGGUGCAGGUCGGCUUCGGGCGGAUCGGCACGCACUACUGGGCGUUCGAGCCGCACGGCAUCGUGCCGGACAUAGUGACGGUGGCGAAACCGAUGGGCAACGGGCAUCCGGUCGGGGCGGUCGUCACCACGCCCGAGAUUGCGGAAAGCUUUGCCGCCACCGGCGUCUGCUACUUCAACACGUACGGUGGCAAUCCGGUGUCGUGCGCGAUCGCGAACGCGGUCAUGCGCGUGAUCGACGAGGAGCGGCUGCAGGAGAACGCGCUGCGCGUCGGCCGCUACCUGCUGGAGCAGUCGCGGGCCCUGGCGUACGAGUAUCAGCUGGUGGGCGAUGUGCGCGGCACCGGCCUGUUCGUGGGCAUCGAGCUGGUGGCGGACCGGCAGCGCCGGCUGCCGGCGACCCGCGCCGCCAAGGCGGUGGUCGAGCGGAUGAAAACCGUCCACCGGAUACUGGUGAGCAGCGACGGGCCGGACGACAACGUGGUCAAGCUGAAGCCGCCGAUGGUGUUUACCGCGGAGAAUGCGGACGAGUUCCUGUACGCCAUCCGCGAGUGUCUCACCUACCUGGAGCAGCAGCAGCAGCAAUCGAGCGCAGCAGCGCCGGAAGUGGCAAACACGCCGGUUCGCGUAACCCAUCCACUAGCGACCGGUGGCAUCCUUCAGCCGAGCCCGAUCAGCCGCGGCCAGCGCGAUACGUCAACACUCAUCAAAUCAAUCUGAGCGGAGCAAAACGCAUCCGCCACCGAUCAAGCGCAAGCAGCCCCGAUCAACACCGGAGCCGGCAGCACUUGCUUUCGGCUGGUGGAGCGCUACGCACGAGGCUAGGGGGGAGACACUUAUUUGUUUUAAAAAUAAGAAUUACAUUAUAAAGCCCUCCUUCGCGUCCUCGCACACUGCUGGCAGGCGUGGGGAGGGGGCACACUUCGCUGUCAUUUAAAGUUUUUUAGAGAAAGAGGGGGGAGAGAUUUAAAGCGAGCAAAUCCAAUCCAAUCGCCUUCGUCUGCUAAGGAGGGAGGAAUGAUAGUUGUAAUCAAUGCAAUAGAGUAAGUCGGCUAGAAGACGGGAGAGAGCAGCGGCGAUGCGAUAAAUAUAUUUACGCUACCUGUAAAGGAGCUGUUCCAAUCGAA